CGCUGUCAACCUGCUGCAGGGGCUCGGGUACCCGCACCCCGCUCGCAGCCGGGGUCGGGCUGGGGUUGCCGGCUCCGCCGCCCUCGCACUUGCCCCAGCCCGGUGCGGAGCGGCCGUGAGCCUCCUGCCAUCGCCGCCUGCCCGCGGGGAGCGACCACCGCCGCCGCCCGCCCGGGCACCGGGAGCAGCGCCCGGGAGGAGGACAGACAGGGGGAACCAUGGCCGAGGGGGGCGAGGGCGAGGACGAGAUCCAGUUCCUGCGAACUGAUGAUGAAGUGGUUCUGCAGUGCACUGCAACUGUUCAAAAGGAGCAACAGAAAUUGUGUCUUGCUGCAGAAGGAUUUGGCAACAGGCUUUGCUUUUUGGAAUCCACAUCAAAUUCUAAGAAUGUUCCACCUGAUUUGUCCAUCUGCACCUUUGUGCUGGAGCAGUCUCUGUCAGUACGGGCCCUCCAGGAAAUGCUGGCUAACACAGAAGAGAAGGCAGAAGGGUCUGCACAAGGUGGUGGUCACCGAACGCUACUCUACGGGCAUGCAAUCUUGCUGCGCCAUUCCUACAGCGGCAUGUAUCUAUGCUGCCUCUCUACAUCUCGAUCUUCAAUGGAUAAGCUGGCAUUUGACGUAGGAUUGCAAGAGGACACAACAGGUGAGGCAUGCUGGUGGACCAUACAUCCUGCUUCCAAGCAACGAUCAGAAGGAGAAAAAGUGCGUGUUGGAGAUGAUCUUAUUUUAGUCAGUGUCUCUUCAGAAAGAUAUUUGCAUCUCUCUUAUGGCAAUGGUAGCUUACACGUUGAUGCAGCCUUCCAGCAGACACUCUGGAGUGUAGCACCGAUCAGUUCAGGAAGUGAAGUUGCCCAAGGAUACCUGAUAGGAGGGGAUGUUCUGAGGUUAUUGCAUGGUCACAUGGAUGAAUGUUUGACAGUCCCUUCGGGUGAACACGGAGAAGAACAAAGAAGAACUGUCCAUUAUGAAGGUGGUGCUGUGUCCAUUCAUGCUCGUUCCCUUUGGCGACUAGAGACUCUAAGAGUUGCGUGGAGUGGCAGCCACAUUAGAUGGGGACAGCCAUUCAGACUAAGACAUAUAACGACAGGAAAAUAUUUAAGUCUUCUGGAUGACAAGAGUCUUCUUCUUACGGACAAAGAGAAGGCAGAUAUAAAAUCUACAGCAUUCUGUUUUCGGUCUUCCAAGGAAAAGCUGGACAUAGGGACAAGAAAAGAGGUGGAUGGAAUGGGAGCACCUGAAAUAAAGUAUGGAGAUUCAAUAUGCUUUAUACAACAUGUAGAUACAGGCCUAUGGCUUACAUACCAGUCUGCUGAUGCAAAGUCUGUGAGAAUGGGUUCUGUGCAGCGAAAGGCAAUAAUGCACCAUGAAGGUCACAUGGAUGAUGGUUUAACACUGUCUAGAUCUCAGAAUGAAGAAUCCCGUACAGCACGUGUCAUCCGUAGUACAGUCUUCCUUUUCAACAGGUUUAUAAGGGGCCUUGAUGCUCUCAGCAAAAAAGUAAAGUCUUCCACCGUCGAUUUGCCUAUUGAGUCAGUCAGUCUGAGCCUUCAGGACUUGAUUGGAUACUUUCACCCUCCUGAUGAACAUUUGGAGCAUGAAAACAAACAAAAUAGGCUCCGAGCACUGAAGAACCGCCAGAACCUCUUCCAAGAAGAGGGUAUGAUCAACCUUGUUCUUGAAUGUAUUGAUCGCUUGAAUGUAUACAGCAGUGCAGCUCAUUUUGCAGAUGUAGCUGGGAAGGAAGCUGGAGAAGCAUGGAAAUCUAUUCUGAAUUCUUUGUAUGAAUUACUAGCGGCUCUGAUUCGAGGAAAUCGUAAAAACUGUGCUCAAUUUUCUGGAUCUCUUGAUUGGUUGAUCAGCAGAUUAGAAAGACUUGAAGCUUCUUCUGGAAUUUUGGAGGUUUUACACUGUGUGUUGGUAGAAAGCCCAGAAGCUCUAAACAUUAUUAAGGAAGGGCAUAUUAAAUCAAUCAUCUGUCUUUUAGACAAACAUGGAAGAAACCAUAAGGUUUUGGAUGUUUUGUGUUCUCUCUGUGUUUGUCAUGGAGUAGCUGUGCGAUCUAAUCAACAUCUAAUCUGUGAUCUGCCUUCAGACUGCCUUACACGCGCGCCAACCUUUUUAAUAACCAUUUUUUAUUCUUUCUGUUUAAGCAUGCGACCCAACAUCUUCUUGGGGAUUAGUGAAGGCUCUGCCCAAUACAGAAAAUGGUACUAUGAACUUAUGGUGGACCAUCUAGAGCCCUUUGUGACUGCAGAAUCAACUCAUCUACGAGUGGGUUGGGCUUCAACAGAAGGCUACUCACCCUAUCCAGGGGGAGGAGCAGAAUGGGGAGGAAAUGGUGUUGGUGAUGAUUUAUAUUCCUAUGGCUUUGAUGGUCUCCAUCUGUGGUCAGGUUGUGUAGCACGAACAGUAAAUUCUCCCAACCAACAUCUGUUAAGAACUGAUGAUGUUAUUAGCUGCUGUUUGGAUCUAAGUGCCCCCAGCAUUUCUUUCCGAAUAAAUGGUCAGCCAGUUCAAGGAAUGUUUGAAAACUUCAACAUAGAUGGCCUCUUCUUCCCAGUUGUCAGCUUCUCUGCAGGAAUAAAGGUACGUUUCUUGCUCGGAGGUCGCCAUGGAGAGUUCAAGUUCCUUCCUCCACCUGGAUAUGCCCCUUGCUUUGAAGCUGUCCUACCAAAAGAGAAGCUGAAAGUGGAGCAUAGUCGAGAAUACAAACAAGAUCGUAACUAUACAAGAGACCUGCUGGGUCCCACUGUCUCUCUGUCACAGGCAGCUUUCACUCCAGUUCCUGUAGAUACUAGCCAGAUUGUUUUGCCUCCCCACUUGGAAAGGAUUAGAGAAAAAUUAGCAGAGAACAUUCAUGAACUUUGGGUUAUGAAUAAGAUUGAACUUGGCUGGCAGUAUGGACCAAUUAGAGAUGACAACAAAAGACAACACCCAUGCCUAGUGGAGUUCUCCAAAUUGCCUGAGCAGGAAAGAAAUUAUAACUUGCAAAUGUCACUUGAAACACUGAAAACCCUGCUGGCAUUAGGCUGCCAUGUUGGAAUUGCUGAUGAACAUGCUGAAGAAAAAGUGAAAAAAAUGAAACUUCCAAAGAACUAUCAGUUGUUAAGUGGAUAUAAGCCGGCACCUAUGGAUUUGAGUUUUAUCAAACUGACCCCCUCUCAAGAAGCUAUGGUGGAUAAACUAGCAGAGAAUGCUCACAAUGUGUGGGCAAGGGACCGUAUAAGGCAGGGGUGGACAUAUGGUAUCCAGCAGGAUGUGAAGAAUAGAAGAAACCCUCGCCUUGUACCAUAUGCUCUUUUGGAUGAUCGAACAAAGAAGUCAAACAAAGACAGUCUUCGGGAAGCAGUUCGCACCCUUCUAGGUUACGGUUACAAUCUGGAAGCUCCUGAUCAAGACCAUGCAGUGAGACUGGACAUGUGCAGUGGGAUAAUGGAAAAGUUCAGGAUCUUCCGCACAGAAAAGACUUAUGCAGUGAAGGCUGGAAAGUGGUACUUUGAGUUUGAGGCGGUUACUGCAGGAGACAUGAGAGUUGGUUGGACCAGGCCAGGUUGUCUGCCAGAUCAGGAGCUUGGCUCAGAUGAAGAAGCUUUUGUUUUUGAUGGCUUUAAGGCACAGCGGUGGCACCAAGGUAAUGAGCAUUUUGGCCGCUCUUGGUUGGCAGGAGAUGUUGUUGGAUGCAUGGUUGACAUGAAUGAGCACACUAUGAUGUUCACCUUAAAUGGUGAAAUCCUGCUUGAUGACUCAGGUUCAGAACUUGCGUUCAAGGACUUUGAGGUUGGUGACGGAUUUCUACCUGUGUGCAGUCUGGGCCCAUCUCAAGUGGGAAGAAUGAACUUUGGAAAAGAUGUCAGCACUCUAAAAUAUUUCACUAUAUGUGGCUUACAGGAAGGGUAUGAACCCUUUGCUGUUAAUACAAACAGAGACAUCACCAUUUGGCUGAGUAAAAGACUCCCUCAGUUUCUACCAGUGCCCACAAAUCAUGAACAUAUUGAGGUGACAAGAAUUGAUGGCACCAUAGACAGCUGCCCCUGUCUGAAAGUCACGCAGAAGUCCUUUGGUUCACAGAACAGUAAAACAGAUGUCAUGUUUUUUCGAUUAAGCAUGCCCAUUGAAUGUGCUGAAGUGUUCUCCAGAUCAGCUGCAGGAGGGUUACCAGGCUCUGGUCUUUUUGGCCCAAAGAAUGACUUGGAGGAUUAUGAUGCUGAUUCUGAUUUUGAGGUUCUAAUGAAAACUGCUCAUGGUCAUCUAGUUCCUGAUCGGACAGAAAGAGAAAAAGAUGCCACAAAACCAGAGUUAAACAACCAUAAAGAUUAUGUUCAAGAAAAACCUUCACGUCUUAAACAAAGAUUUAUGCUCAGGAGGACGAAGCCAGAUUAUAGCACGAGUCACUCUGCACGGCUUACUGAGGAUGUACUAGCAGAUGAUAGGGAUGACUAUGAUUAUUUGAUGCAAACUUCCACGUACUAUUAUUCAGUGAGAAUAUUUCCUGGUCAAGAGCCUGCUAAUGUCUGGGUGGGCUGGAUUACAUCAGACUUUCACCAGUAUGACACAAGCUUUGACUUGGACAGAGUGCGUACUGUCACAGUUACACUGGGAGAUGAAAAAGGGAAGGUUCAUGAGAGUAUAAAACGCAGCAACUGCUAUAUGGUGUGCGCAGGAGAGAGCAUGAGCCCUGGACAAGGACGUAAUAAUAAUGGUCUGGAGAUUGGUUGCUUGGUCGAUGCUGCCAGUGGCCUGCUGACCUUCACAGCUAAUGGCAAGGAACUAGGCACGUACUAUCAGGUUGAACCAAGUACAAAGUUAUUUCCUGCUGUAUUUGCUCAAGCUACAAGCCCCAAUGUUUUCCAGUUUGAAUUGGGAAGAAUAAAGAAUGUAAUGCCAUUAUCUGCUGGCUUAUUCAAAAGUGAGCACAAAAACCCAGUCUCUCAAUGUCCUCCACGUCUUCAUGUCCAGUUUCUGACUCAUGUGCUUUGGAGCAGAGUGCCAAACCACUUCCUGAAGAUUGAUGUGUCUCGGAUCAGUGAACGUCAAGGCUGGAUGAUACAGUGCCUGAAUCCUUUGCAGUUCAUGGCCCUUCAUAUUCCUGAAGAAAACAGAACAAUUGAUAUUUUAGAGCUGACAGAACAAGAAGAAUUGCUGAAAUUUCACUACCAUACCCUCCGAUUAUAUUCAGCUGUUUGUGCUUUAGGCAACAACCGAGUGGCCCAUGCCCUGUGUAGCCACGUGGACGAAUCUCAGCUCCUCUAUGCUAUUGAGAAUAAAUACAUGCCAGGUUUAUUACGUGCAGGAUAUUAUGAUUUACUCAUUGACAUCCAUCUCAAUACCUAUGCAACUGCCAGGUUAAUGAUGAAUAAUGAAUUUAUAGUUCCAAUGACAGAUGAGACCAAGAGUAUUACUUUGUUUCCUGAUGAAAACAAAAAACACGGCCUCCCUGGUAUAGGACUUAGCACUUCAUUAAGGCCAAGAAUGCAGUUCUCCUCUCCAAGUUUUGUAAGCAUUAGCAGUGAAUGCUUUCAGUUCAGUCCUGAAUUCCCUCUGGAAAUUUUGAAGGCCAAAACCAUAGAGAUGCUGACUGAAGCUGUUCAGGAGGGAAGCCUCCAUGUCAGAGAUCCAGUUGGGGGUUCUACAGAAUUUCUCUUUGUCCCUCUCAUCAAGCUCUUUUAUACCCUCCUAAUUAUGGGAAUCUUCCACAAUGAGGAUCUGAAACACAUCUUGCAGUUGAUUGAGCCCCGGGUUUUCAAAGAGGCAAUGAGCCAGGAGGAUGAAAUUGUUUUCUCAGAGAAGGAGCUGGGUUCAGAUGAGUUCAAGUCAGAAGAAGGAGAGGAAGAAACCAGAGGGGAGCAAAUGCCAAAGGAAGGACUCCUUCAGAUGAAACUUCCAGAACCAGUUAAAUUACAGAUGUGUCAUCUACUCCAGUACCUGUGUGAUUGCCAAGUACGACACCGAAUAGAAGCCAUUGUAGCAUUUUCAGAUGAUUUUGUGGCCAAGCUUCAAGAGAAUCAACGCUUCCGGUACAAUGAAGUGAUGCAGGCCUUGAACAUGUCUGCUGCCCUGACAGCUAGAAAAACAAAAGAAUUUCGAUCCCCACCUCAGGAGCAGAUUAACAUGCUGCUGAACUUUAAAGAUGAUAAAAAUGAUUGUCCUUGCCCUGAAGAAAUUCGGGAUCAACUCCUGGAUUUCCAUGAAGACCUAAUGACACACUGUGGAAUUGAACUAGAUGAAGAUGGAACCUUGGAUGGCAACAGUGAUUUAACCAUUAGGGGUCGCCUACUAUACCUCAUGGAAAAAGUUACAUAUCUGAAGAAGAAGCAAGCUGAGAAGCCGGUUGAUGAUGAUGAUAAGACAUCCUCUACUCUUCAGCAAUUGAUUUCAGACACAAUGGUACGCUGGGCCCAGGAAUCAGUGAUAGAAGACCCGGAGUUAGUGAGGGCCAUGUUUGUAUUGCUACAUCGCCAGUAUGAUGGUAUUGGUGGCCUAGUUCGAGCCUUACCAAAGACCUACACCAUAAAUAGUGUGUCUGUGGAAGACACAAUCAAUCUUCUGGCAUCCCUUGGCCAAAUCCGUUCCUUGCUUAGUGUCAGAAUGGGAAAGGAGGAGGAGAAACUUAUGAUUCGUGGAUUGGGAGACAUCAUGAAUAAUAAAGUAUUUUACCAACAUCCCAAUCUCAUGAGAGCUUUAGGCAUGCAUGAAACUGUCAUGGAAGUGAUGGUUAAUGUACUUGGUGGAGGAGAAUCCAAGGAAAUCACUUUCCCAAAGAUGGUGGCAAACUGCUGUCGUUUUCUGUGUUAUUUUUGCCGAAUCAGCAGGCAGAAUCAGAAAGCUAUGUUUGAUCAUCUUAGCUAUUUAUUGGAAAACAGCAGUGUUGGCCUUGCCUCUCCUUCUAUGCGAGGAUCAACUCCUUUAGAUGUUGCAGCAGCGUCUGUGAUGGAUAACAAUGAACUUGCUCUGGCGUUAAGGGAGCCUGAUCUGGAGAAGGUAGUUCGCUACUUGGCUGGAUGUGGAUUGCAGAGUUGUCCUUUGUUAAUUUAUAAAGGCUACCCAGACAUUGGAUGGAAUCCAGUUGAAGGAGAACGAUAUUUGGAUUUUCUUCGUUUUGCUGUUUUUUGCAAUGGAGAGAGUGUGGAGGAGAACGCUAAUGUUGUAGUCAGACUGCUUAUUCGUCGACCUGAAUGUUUUGGUCCAGCUCUAAGAGGAGAAGGAGGCAAUGGGUUACUUGCUGCCAUGGAAGAGGCGAUAGAAAUAUCAGAAGAUACAACAAGAGAUGGACCUUCCCCAAGUAAUGGAUCUAGUAAAACCCUAGAAAUUGAAGAACAAGAAGAUGACACUAUUCACAUGGGAAAUGCAAUCAUGACCUUUUAUGCUGCUCUGAUUGAUCUCUUAGGACGUUGUGCCCCUGAAAUGCAUCUAAUCCAUGCUGGUAAAGGGGAAGCCAUUAGAAUCAGAUCAAUUCUACGGUCUUUGAUUCCACUGGAAGAUUUGGUGGGAGUAAUUAGUAUUCCUUUCCACAUGCCAACCAUAGCUAAAGAUGGUACUGUGGUGGAACCUGACAUGUCUGCGGGGUUUUGCCCAGAUCACAAGGCAGCCAUGGUUUUGUUCCUUGACAGGGUCUAUGGAAUUGAGGACCAGGAUUUUCUUCUACACCUUCUUGAAGUUGGCUUUCUGCCAGAUCUUCGUGCUGCUGCUUCUUUAGAUACAGCUGCCUUAAGUGCUACGGAUAUGGCUUUGGCUCUGAAUCGAUACCUUUGCACAGCAGUCUUGCCUCUCUUGACCAGAUGUGCUCCUCUUUUUGCUGGCACAGAGCACCACGCUUCCCUCAUUGAUUCCUUGUUACAUACUGUGUACAGACUCUCAAAGGGAUGCUCUCUUACCAAAGCUCAGCGAGAUUCUAUUGAAGAGUGUUUGCUGUCAAUCUGUGGGCAGUUGCGACCUUCCAUGAUGCAACAUUUGCUGAGAAGAUUAGUAUUUGAUGUUCCUCUAUUAAAUGAACAUGCAAAGAUGCCUCUCAAGUUGCUGACAAAUCAUUAUGAAAGAUGCUGGAAGUACUAUUGUUUGCCAAGUGGAUGGGGUAACUUUGGUGCUGCCUCAGAAGAAGAACUUCAUUUAUCCAGAAAGUUGUUCUGGGGUAUUUUUGAUGCUUUAUCUCAAAAAAAAUAUGAGCAAGAACUGUUCAAACUGGCUUUGCCUUGUCUGAGCGCAGUUGCUGGGGCCUUACCUCCAGAUUACAUGGAAUCAAAUUAUGUCAAUAUGAUGGAAAAACAGGCUUCAAUGGAUUCAGAUGGGAACUUUAAUCCUCAACCUGUUGAUACCUCAAACAUUACAAUCCCUGAAAAGCUAGAAUAUUUCAUUAACAAAUAUGCAGAACAUGCUCAUGAUAAAUGGUCAAUGGAAAAGUUUGCCAAUGGAUGGACGUAUGGUGAAACAUUUUCUGAAUCUGCAAAAGUGCAACCAUUAAUGAAACAAUAUAAGUUACUAUCUGAAAAGGAGAAAGAAAUUUAUCGAUGGCCAAUCAAAGAAUCAUUAAAAACUAUGCUGGCAUGGGGAUGGCGAAUUGAAAGAACACGGGAGGGAGAUUCCAUGGCACUGUAUAAUCGGACGCGUCGCAUAUCUCAAACCAGUCAAAUCUCUGUAGAUACAGCCCAUGGUUACACUCCUCGAGCAAUUGAUAUGAGCAAUGUCACCCUCUCCAGAGACUUACAUGCUAUGGCUGAGAUGAUGGCUGAAAACUACCAUAACAUAUGGGCAAAGAAAAAGAAAAUGGAGCUUGAAGCAAAAGGAGGAGGCAACCAUCCUCUUCUUGUUCCUUACGAUACACUCACUGCCAAAGAAAAAGCCAAGGACAGAGAAAAAGCACAGGAUAUUCUGAAAUUUCUGCAGAUUAAUGGAUAUGUUGUCUCCAGAGGACUUAAGGACCUGGAAUUAGACACGCCUUCCAUUGAGAAACGGUUUGCCUACAGUUUCCUUCAGCAGCUUAUAAGAUAUGUGGAUGAAGCCCAUCAGUACAUUCUGGAGUUUGAUGGUGGCAGCAGAGGCAAAGGAGAGCAGUUCCCAUAUGAACAAGAAAUCAAGUUUUUUGCCAAAGUUGUGCUCCCUUUGAUUGAUCAGUAUUUUAAAAAUCAUCGCCUGUAUUUCUUAUCUUCAGCAAGUAGGCCUCUCAGCAGUGGAGGCCAUGCCUCUAAUAAAGAGAAAGAAAUGGUGACAAGCCUGUUCUGCAAACUUGGAGUUCUUGUCAGGCAUAGGAUUUCACUGUUUGGAAAUGAUGCCACAUCAAUAGUCAACUGUCUUCACAUACUGGGCCAGACUUUGGAUGCGAGGACUGUGAUGAAAACUGGUCUGGAAUCUGUUAGGAUGGCACUGAGAGCGUUUUUGGACAAUGCUGCUGAGGAUUUGGAGAAAACAAUGGAAAAUCUUAAGCAAGGCCAGUUUACACACAGCAGAAAUCAGCCAAAAGGAGUUACACAAAUCAUUAAUUAUACCACAGUUGCUCUCCUGCCAGUGCUAUCUUCAUUAUUUGAGCAUAUUGGACAGCACCAGUUUGGGGAAGAUUUGAUAUUGGAAGAUGUUCAGGUCUCCUGUUAUAGAAUAUUGGCCAGUUUAUACGCUCUGGGAACUAGCAAGAGUAUCUAUGUGGAGCGGCAACGAUCAGCACUAGGAGAAUGCUUGGCUGCUUUCUCAGGUGCCUUUCCAGUGGCUUUUUUGGAAACUCAUUUGAACAAACAUAAUAUCUACUCAAUCUACAAUACCAAGAAUGCGAGAGACAGAGCAGUUCUCAAUUUGCCUACUAGUGUAGAAGAGGUUUGCCCAAAUAUUCCUUCCUUGGUGAAGUUAAUGGAAGAAAUCGUGGAACUGGCAGAAUCUGGUAUUCGUUACACACAAAUGCCACAUAUCAUGGAAGUAAUACUGCCUAUGCUAUGUAGUUACAUGUCACACUGGUGGGAACAUGGGCCAGAAAACAAUCCUGACAAGGCUGAGAUGUGUUGCACAGCCUUGACGUCAGAGCACAUGAACACUCUGUUGGGUAACAUAUUGAAAAUCAUCUAUAACAAUCUUGGUAUUGAUGAAGGAGCCUGGAUGAAGAGAUUAGCAGUGUUUUCCCAGCCCAUCAUAAGUAAAGCGAAGCCACAGCUCUUAAAGACACACUUCCUUCCACUGAUGGAUAAAUUAAAGAAAAAAGCAGCAGUGGUUGUAUCGGAUGAAGAACAUCUAAGAGCAGAAGGCAGAGGUGACAUGUCGGAGUCUGAACUGCUCAUCCUAGAUGAGUUCACCACUUUGGCACGGGACCUCUAUGCCUUCUACCCUUUGUUGAUUAGAUUUGUGGACUAUAACAGGGCAAAAUGGCUGAAGGAACCCAACCCUGAAGCGGAAGAGUUGUUCCGCAUGGUGGCCGAGGUCUUCAUUUACUGGUCAAAGUCUCAUAAUUUCAAAAGGGAAGAGCAGAACUUUGUGGUACAAAAUGAAAUCAACAACAUGUCUUUCCUUAUCAGUGACACCAAAUCUAAGAUGUCUAAGGCAGCAGUUUCUGACCAGGAGAGGAAGAAGAUGAAGCGAAAAGGUGACCGGUAUUCUAUGCAGACCUCGCUCAUUGUGGCAGCACUGAAGAGAUUACUGCCCAUCGGCCUAAACAUUUGUGCUCCUGGAGACCAAGAGCUAAUUGCACUGGCCAAAAAUCGAUUUAGCAUGAAAGAUACUGAAGAUGAAGUACGAGAUGUCAUCCGCAGUAAUCUUCAUCUUCAGGGCAAGCUUGAGGAUCCCGCCAUUAGGUGGCAGAUGGCACUUUACAAAGAUUUACCAAACAGGACUGAAGAUUGCUCAGAUCCAGAGAAGACUGUGGAAAGGGUCCUUGAUAUAGCUAAUGUACUGUUUCACCUGGAACAGGUUGAGCAUCCUCAGCGGUCCAAAAAAGCAGUGUGGCAUAAGCUGUUGUCUAAACAGAGGAAAAGAGCAGUAGUUGCCUGCUUUAGAAUGGCACCACUGUAUAACCUGCCAAGGCACCGAGCCGUCAAUCUCUUUCUUCAAGGCUAUGAUAAAUCUUGGAUUGAAACAGAAGAACACUAUUUUGAAGACAAACUGAUAGAAGACUUAGCAAAACCUGGGGAGGAACCACCAGAAGAAGAUGAAAACCUUAAAAGAGUUGAUCCUUUACAUCAACUUAUUCUGCUAUUCAGUCGAACAGCCUUGACUGAAAAAUGUAAACUGGAAGAAGAUUUCCUGUAUAUGGCUUAUGCUGACAUUAUGGCAAAGAGCUGCCAUGAUGAAGAAGACGAUGAUGGUGAAGAAGAAGUAAAGAGUUUUGAAGAAAAAGAAAUGGAAAAGCAAAAACUUUUGUAUCAACAAGCCAGACUGCAUGAUCGGGGUGCUGCUGAGAUGGUUCUGCAAACCAUCAGUGCUAGUAAAGGUGAGAUGGGGCCAAUGGUUGCAGCUACCCUAAAGCUAGGAAUUGCCAUCUUAAAUGGAGGAAAUUCUACUGUUCAACAGAAAAUGCUUGACUACCUCAAAGAUAAAAAGGAUGUAGGAUUCUUUCAGAGCCUUGCUGGUCUUAUGCAAUCCUGUAGUGUUCUUGACCUGAAUGCAUUUGAACGUCAGAACAAAGCAGAAGGCCUUGGCAUGGUGACUGAAGAGGGAUCAGUGCCUUGUCCUGAUAUUCCUCUGACUGGUACUACCUUCCCUUUUCAAACCCUGGAACCCCCACUGGAUUCCAGUCAAAUUGAAUUGCUAAAGGAAUUGAUGGAUCUUCAGAAAGAUAUGGUUGUCAUGUUGCUGUCUAUGCUGGAAGGUAAUGUUGUGAAUGGAACUAUUGGAAAGCAAAUGGUCGAUAUGCUUGUGGAAUCGUCGAACAAUGUGGAGAUGAUUCUGAAGUUUUUUGAUAUGUUCUUAAAAUUGAAGGAUUUGACUUCCUCUGAUGCAUUCAAAGAAUAUGACCCUGAUGGUAAAGGGAUAAUUUCGAAGAGGGAUUUUCACAGGGCAAUGGAAAGCCAUAAGCAUUACACCCAGUCUGAAACGGAGUUUCUACUGUCAUGUGCUGAAACAGAUGAGAAUGAGACUUUGGACUACGAGGAGUUUGUGAAACGAUUUCAUGAACCUGCAAAAGACAUUGGUUUCAAUGUUGCUGUUCUCCUGACCAACCUGUCAGAGCACAUGCCCCAUGAUACCCGCUUGCAAACCUUUCUUGAGCUGUCAGAGAGUGUGCUAAAUUACUUUCAGCCUUUCCUUGGACGCAUAGAAAUCAUGGGCAGCGCAAAGCGCAUUGAACGAGUUUAUUUCGAAAUAAGUGAGUCAAGUCGGACUCAGUGGGAGAAACCUCAGGUAAAAGAGUCAAAGAGACAAUUUAUAUUUGAUGUUGUAAAUGAAGGCGGGGAGAAAGAAAAGAUGGAGCUUUUUGUUAACUUCUGUGAGGAUACCAUCUUUGAAAUGCAACUGGCUGCCCAGAUCUCUGAGUCAGAUCUGAAUGAAAGGUCAGCAAAUAAAGAGGAGAAUGAGAAAGAUAACCCUGAGGAAGAAGAUCCUAGAAUGGGUUUUUUCUCUCUUGUGACCGUGAAGUCAGCAUUAGUAGCUCUCAAGUAUAAUUUAAUGACUCUCAUGAAAAUGCUCACCAUGAAAAGCCUGAAGAAACAGAUGAAAAAAGUGAAGAAAAUGACCAUGAAGGACAUGGUCAUGGCUUUGUUUUCUUCCUAUUGGAGUAUUUUGAUGGGCUUACUGCAUUUUGCUUUUAGUGUUGUCCGGGGCUUCUUUCGCAUUAUCUGCAGUUUGCUGCUUGGAGGAAGCUUAGUAGAAGGAGCAAAGAAAAUCAAGGUGGCUGAACUGUUAGCUAAUAUGCCAGAUCCCACUCAGGAUGAGGUGCGUGGGGAAGGAGAAGAAGGGGAGAGAAAGCCAACAGAAGCUGCAUUGCCUACAGAAGACUUGACAGAUCUGCAAACUUUAUCAGAAGAGAGUGAUCUACUCUCAGAUAUAUUUGGGUUGGAUUUGAAACGAGAAGGUGGACAGUAUAAAUUAAUCCCUCAUAAUCCAAACGCUGGUUUGAGUGACUUACUGAGCACUCCCUCCUUAGCUCCAAUGCCUGAGGUACAGGAAAAAAUCCAGGAGCAGGUGAAAGAAGAUGAAAAGGAAGAGAAAGAGGAAACAAAAUCAGAACCUGAAAAAGCAGAAGGAGAAGAUGGAGAAAAAGAAGAGAAAACUAAGGAAGACAAAGGGAAACAGAAAUUAAGACAACUUCAUACACACAGAUAUGGAGAACCAGAAGUUCAGGAAUCAGUCUUCUGGAAGAAUAUCAUUGCAUACCAACAGAAACUUCUUAAUUAUUUUGCCCGAAACUUUUACAACAUGAGGAUGUUGGCGUUAUUUGUUGCUUUUGCCAUCAACUUUAUCCUGCUUUUCUAUAAGGUCUCCACAUCUGCUGUGACAGAAGAAAAGGAACUUCCUGUGGUAUCUGAUGGUGAAAGUACAAAGUUGAACAUCCUGGAAAGUGAUGAUGAGAGGGUCAUUGCAGUGCAUUAUGUCCUGGAAGAAAGCAGUGGCUACAUGGAGCCCACGCUGCGGAUUUUGGCCAUCCUACACACAGUCAUCUCAUUCUUCUGUAUCAUAGGGUAUUACUGUUUGAAAGUUCCACUGGUUAUUUUUAAGAGAGAAAAGGAAGUGGCAAGGAAAUUGGAAUUUGAUGGGCUAUAUAUAACUGAGCAGCCAUCAGAAGAUGAUAUUAAGGGACAGUGGGAUAGGCUUGUAAUCAAUACACAGUCUUUUCCAAAUAACUACUGGGACAAAUUUGUGAAAAGAAAGGUCAUGGAUAAAUAUGGUGAGUUCUAUGGCCGUGACAGAAUCAGUGAGUUACUAGGAAUGGACAAAGCUGCUCUCGAUUUUAGUGAUGCUCGAGAAAAGAAGAAACCAAAGAAAGAUAGCUCCUUUUCUGCUGUGCUGAAUUCCAUUGAUGUGAAGUAUCAGAUGUGGAAAUUAGGAGUUGUUUUCACUGAUAAUUCUUUCCUUUACCUAGCGUGGUACAUGACCAUGUCAGUCCUUGGUCAUUACAACAAUUUUUUCUUUGCUGCUCAUCUCCUUGACAUUGCAAUGGGAUUCAAGACAUUACGAACUAUCCUGUCAUCAGUGACCCACAAUGGCAAACAGCUUGUCCUAACAGUGGGAUUACUGGCAGUAGUAGUAUACUUGUAUACAGUGGUGGCAUUCAAUUUUUUCCGCAAGUUCUAUAAUAAGAGUGAAGAUGGUGAUAUGCCGGACAUGAAAUGUGAUGAUAUGCUAACAUGCUACAUGUUUCAUAUGUAUGUUGGAGUACGUGCAGGUGGAGGCAUUGGUGAUGAAAUAGAGGAUCCAGCAGGAGAUGAAUAUGAAAUCUAUCGGAUUAUCUUUGACAUCACUUUCUUCUUCUUUGUGAUUGUCAUCUUGCUUGCAAUUAUCCAAGGUUUAAUUAUUGAUGCUUUUGGUGAGUUAAGAGAUCAACAAGAGCAAGUUAAGGAAGACAUGGAGACAAAGUGCUUUAUCUGUGGAAUAGGAAAUGACUACUUUGAUACAGUGCCCCAUGGCUUUGAAACACACACACUACAGGAGCACAACUUGGCCAAUUAUUUGUUUUUUCUGAUGUAUCUUAUUAACAAAGAUGAAACAGAGCAUACAGGACAGGAAUCAUAUGUAUGGAAAAUGUACCAGGAACGGUGCUGGGAGUUCUUCCCUGCUGGUGAUUGCUUCCGAAAACAAUAUGAAGAUCAGCUCAACUAA